AUGCCCUCACUCUCUUACAUCUCUUUCUCUCUCCUCUCUCCUCUCUCUUCUCUCUCCAGAAGGCAAAACCCUAAAAGACCUGUUUGCCCACACACAAUUCACAUGGAUGAUGAUGGAUUAAACAUGCGGAAUUGGGGAUAUUACGAACCUUCAUUCAAAGAACACCUCGGUUUACAACUAAUGUCUCCAAUAGUCGACCAUAGAGACACAAAACCCUUCCUCUCUUCACGUGAAAACCCAAUCAUAAUGAACCCAAACAUGACACCAUAUCAUCGCUCUUCAAUCCCAUCUGAGCCACCAAAUCCCACUUCACUACAUGAGAGAUGGUUGGAUCCAAAGAGAAAGACUCCUCCAUAUGCUUCCAGGAAACCCUAG